AUGGCUACUACCCAAACACCCCUCAGGAUCGGAUAUGUCCCUGAACAUUUCUCUACCCCUCUUCACUUCGCGCAAAAGCAUUUCGGUCUCAAUGCUACAUUGAUCCCAUUUCCAUCUGGCACCGGGCAUAUGAUUACAUCGAUACGAUCAGGGGAAACUGAUGUAGGGAUUGGUCUUACUGAAGGAUGGGUAGCUGGGUUGGGCAAAUCUGAUCUGGAAGGCGAUGGAGGAUAUAAAAUCGUUGGGACUUAUGUUGAAACACCAUUGUGCUGGGCAAUCUCUACGGGCGCAAACAGACCUCUGAAUGGCAUCGCAGAUCUUAAGAACGGCAAAAUCGGUGUCUCGAGGAUAGGAAGCGGAAGCUAUGUGAUGGGAUUCGUUCUCGCGGAUGAGCAAGGAUGGCUCAACGAAAGUCAAUCGUCUGAAGGACCUUUCGAAGUCAUCCCUUUGCAGACAUUUGAGAAGUUGCGCAAUGGUGUGAACGACAGUACAGUGGAUUUCUUCAUGUGGGAGCACUUUACUUCGAAACGAUAUUACGAUAAUGGAGAGAUCAAGCGAAUUGGGGAAAUAUAUACACCAUGGAGCAGUUGGAAGAUUGUUGCCAGCACAAAUGUCUUACAAAGUUCAGAAGACCAGAGGUUGAAUGACAUGUUUGAGAAAAUUGACAAAGGUGUCAAGUAUUUCGAACAGAACCAGGAUGAGGCAGUGAGAUACAUCAGUACUUCGUUAGAUUAUAGCGAAGAGGAUGCAAAGGAAUGGUUAAAGACAGUCAAGUUUGCAAGGAGCACGAAGAAAGUGGAUGUGGCAGUUAUCCAGAAAACUGUAACUACUCUGCAGAAAGCUAAGGUGCUGGGAGACGAUGAAAUGAAGGCUUAUACUUAUCACAACAUGUGGAGCAUGUGGUACAAGGAUGCUUUGGCCGUUAAAGGAAUCUCACACUUGACACAAUUGAGGUAUUUUCACAGCCAGUAUGCGGCUCGUCUAUUCCUCAAUUAUAAUCGACCAUGUUCAAACAACAGAGAUGUUAUCAAAAUACUAUGGGACAAGCAUUUAAUGCCAAGUGCAGAUAAGAUUUUGGUGGGAGAUGAAAGGGAUAGAACCUACCUGCGCAAAGCAAAAUUAGGAUGCUAA